AUGUCCAACGCUGCUUUAUUCAACGAAAUCCAAAAGGGACCAUCCGGUUUGGCCCAUGUCGAGACCAAAGAUGCCUCUGCCCCAAAGAUUGAUGCCGGUGUCACCAUCAAGCCAAAUCAACAUGGUGCCUUGCUCAAUGAGAUCCAAGGAAGCCACAACUUGACUCACGUCGAGCCAACCAAGGAUGCUUCUGCUCCAGUCAUCGACAAAGAGGUUCACAUCAAACCAAGUGCUCGUCCAGCUUUGCUCAGUGAGAUCAAGAAGAACCAAGAUUAA